CACGAUGUAUCGUGUAAGCACACUUUUCUUUGUGUUUUUUCCUUUACUACGAGCAGAACAUGAGUUUUGUGACGGGUUUAAAACUGAUUUUGAUAUAAAGAAGGCCAUCGGACCCUGGCACGUAGUCGCUGUUAUACCGGACACGAAUUUUUCUAGAAAACUCGAUACAAAUUUCUCGUGCUAUCAAGUUGACUUCAGCGAGGUUGAUGAGGCUGGUCUUAAAUGGAUGUUAAAGCAACGCUUCGGCAAACCAGCUGAUGACAUGAUCGAUAAAGUCCCAGGGGAGGUGAUCCGGCUCCGAUACCAUACGGACGAACCUUUCGAUAUAUGGUCCAAGGCGAUACCUGGUGUGAAGGGAUGUUACAAGCAACUACUCGAUUUAAGCAGCAACGAGAAGGAUAUACAUCACUCAAAGACUUUAGACUCGCCGACGCUAUUGCAUCUGUUAGAAACGGAAAAUGCAGUGUUUUUACUGCAAGUUCUUUGGGGAAGAAUAUCAGCAAUCAUAUAUAAGAGGGAAUUGGACGUCUAUAAGGAGCAACUGCGACCUGCUUACGAAUUUCUUUCGAUGUACAGAAGGAAUAUUGAGGAACCGAAGCUUUGUAAUGCAGAGUUAUUGACUCCUAGUCCGAAACAACAGACUAACUACACCAUGCUUACGAAAGUUUUACAUUAAUACUACUUUAUGUAUAAGAAUUCCAUUAUGUUUCUAAUUAGUAACUAAUCGCAUAUUCUACAAUAAGAGUUAGCUUAAUUGCUUUGUCUUAUAUGAUGUUAUUUAAAUUAGAC